AAACUAUUACAAAGCAUUUUAAUCUGCUGAAAACCUCGACUUUACACGAAACACAAACUGUCUCCCACACCAGAGAGCUAGCAGGAAGUGCAGCUCGGGUGCCUCUCCACUCGUCUCAUCAAUGCAGCUUUCAUUCUCCCUCGGUGGGCAAGAUGGAAGCUGUACAAAAGGACUUCUGGUACUUGGUGGUACUAAUUUUUCUCCCUUUUCUCAAAGUUGCUGUCCAGCAGAGGGAGGUUGCGACGGUCCCGCUGGAGGAGGGGAUGGUGCUGGACUGCUUAUGUCCCUGGACCGGCAACUUCAGCAUGGUGUCCUGGACCAAAGGGGCAAACAAGAGCCACGUGGCCGUGUUCCACCCGGAGUACGGGACCGCUUUCUCCUACCACUACAGGGACAGGGUGGAAUUCCUGAGGACCACGCCCAUGGAUGGAAGUAUUUCUGUGAAGAACGUCACUCACCAGGACAUCGGGGUCUACCACUGCUCCGUCCAGACCUUCCCCGAGGGGCCCUGGACCAAGAACGUUCAGGUGGAGGAUUUAGAUGAGCCACCAAAAGAAGAAAACAGCACGGAGCUCCCGUCCCCAGAGGCGACGGUGGUGGACACAGAGCUGGUGGCGGAGCAGAGCAACAACCUGACCAUCAGGUGCAACCACCAGCACAACGCCACCAUCUACCAGGUCAUUCUGGAGAGGAUGCUCCUCGGCCUGCCCUGGGUCAUCAUCGGAGUGUGCAAGAAGGUGGAGGGAGGCCUGGUGGGCGAGGACUACAGCGACAGGGGCAGGGUGAACUGCGCCGACAGCUUGGAUGUUAGUCUGCAUCUGACCAACGUUGGAGAGGAAGACAGCGGUUUCUAUCGCUGUACGUUUAACACAGACGUGGGCGUGCAGACCACCACGGUGCAGCUCACUGUCGCUCCUCCAGAAGCAGGUGGAAUCAGCCUGUCGUUAUACAUGAUGUAUAUCUACAUCGGUGCUGGAGCUGCUGGACUCAUUCUGCUUAUCGCCAUCGUCAUACUAGCACUGAGGCACAGAAAGAAGAACAGGAGAGAGGAGUACCGGGUCCGACUGCACCCGUCCCAGAGACAGCCAAACAUCUAUGAGAACAUUCAUUGGUGUAGAAGAACCCCAAAGACAUCCAGGCAGAUGAGAGACUGCCGGAUCUAUGCCAACCUGCCGACGGGGCAAUCACCCCGAGCCACCAGUCAGCCUCACAAUAAAAGACCACACGUACAGAAACCACGAUAAUCCGCUUUUUAUCCCCUUCAGCUCAGAAUGUGCUCAGCUUUUCUCACGCAGCACAUCAGUAAGUACCAGAGCGAUAUAAGCAAACACUUACAAGCACAGAUUAUGACGGCGCUGACGGAUAGCCAGACAGCGGCUUGAGACGAACUAACAAGCCGGUGCUCGUCUCGGAGUCAGAAAGCUGACAGGGUUGUUUGGGAGCGGCGUCAACUCUCAUUAAUUAAAUGUUGAGUGUAUUUACUGCUCAGGAAAACAUUUGUUUUUGGCAAAACAAUAUCUGACAGUAACCAUUCCACAGAAGAGCAAAACAAAAGCCUAUAUAAUCAUCCCUUUUCACUCCUCUAACCCCCGAGUAAAACGAUUGACAAAAGCCUGUGUAAUUGUCCUCUGUUCACGUUCAUCCCUCCUGGUUCCCAUUCAAAGCUUGACAAUAGUGUCUAAUCAUCUAACGGAAGAGAAAAGCAGUCACUCAGCAUCGUACCAUCACUGGAGACCGCUGCCUUCCCCCAACGGGCUCUCUGUCUAAGACGGCUGCAUUCUCGUUACAGCGCGCUUUAAGCAUGAAAGCUAAACUCUAAUUAGCAAAUUCUGGGCCGCACUUCACAGCUCCUCAUACUUUAUCCUUUUAUUCAUCUGCUUAUAAAAUGUGAAAACAAGUUAUUUCUAUGAUGAACUGUCAGAUGGUUUCCAAACCUGUAUUUAUUUAUUUUUACACAAACAAACUUUUGUAAAUCAGUGUUUAAGGUUUGUGACUGUGUAGUACAGUUGUAGGUUGUGCUGUUGGUGUAAUCAAACUCAUUUAUCUCCAUAGAAAUGGAGGCAGUGGCAGAGGCAGUAAUGGAUAUGCGAGCUAAUCUGCUAGGAAACGACAAAUGUGGAACGUAAAGGGACAUUAUAGUUUGGAUUCACAAAUGUUUUUUGGCCUGGAUUCCUUUUUCUUGCUGUUUUUUGAGGGAUACUUUAGAAGCUGUACAUGUGACUGUGAUGAAACUCCUGUUUCUGUGCGUGUGAAGGGUAAUACUGGAACUGAUGUGUAUGACUGUCAAUGACUCUGUGUGGCAAAAAUAAAAGUGUGAA